GUGUCAUUAGAGAACCUUACAGAUUUCACCCCACUUCGAAUCGGCCUGGUUGUCAAACACAUAGUAAAGAAAAAGAAGAAGAAGAAAGUCACAAUGCUUUGAUUAAGUUAGGUCAUAGAGUUCCUCUUUGGUUAGGUUAUGGUUAUGUUAGGUUAGUGUUUGUUGAUUACGUGUUGAAUGAUUGAUAAUCAUGGACUUAUAAAUAAUUAUAAGUCUAUGAUGACGAUUGCUGUUUAGAGAUUAUGAAACAAGACAAUGUGAAAUAGUUAUUCCAUGAUUUCUGUGUGAAAUGUGAAGGGCUGAGUUGUUUUAGAAUUUCGAUCUAACAAUGAUUGCUCGGUUACGGCUUCUUGGAAUUGAACGAGGAAUGAAUUAUUGAAGACACCAGAGACAGGGAAGUCUCUGAAGACAGUUUCUGAAGAUCAUAAAACUCGAAGUCUUGAUGAAAAAUGUAACAAAUAUCGGAGCUCGACUGGACAGUAUGAAAGUGGACCAGUUCUGUCUUUCCAACAUUCAGGAGCAAGUUGUUGUCAGCACACCACAUUUCCACGUUCUUAACUGUAUUUUCUAAUGAAAAUACAUCAAUUCAAGAAAAGAAACACCUCGGGGAGUUGCUGCAUAAAAAAUGGAAGAAUAUACGAGACAGAUACUGCAGAGAUCUUUUGAAUCAACGAGGAAAGUCUGGAGAUGGUGCCAAAAAAAAGCACCUUAUGUAUACUCGAAGCAAUUGAGGUUUCUUAAAGACACAGUUACACCAAAAGAAACCACUGAUACUUUAAAAGAAUUGAACAUUGAAUCAGGGGGUAGUACAGUAGUCGAAGAGCGCACCACUCCGUCAACUGCAACACCCACCUCUACGAAACGAUUGAUAGGAAAAAAAAGAUCUAAUCUCAUAGAAGAAAAACUACUAUGCUCUCUGAAAACCUAUGAGAAAAGGAUGAGUUCUGAUUGCCAUGAUAAUGACGACAACAGACAGUUUUUGCUAUCUUUGGUACCUACUCUUGCUUCUCUCCCAAAAUUAUCAAAUACUAAAUGCAGAAUAGAAAUUCUGCAAGUUAUGAGUAAAUACGAAUCUUGCGCUGCACAACAAACUCAUCAACAGCCAGGUUACAUUCCGCAUCAUAUUCAACAACAACCAUGUUACAUUCCACAAAUCCAACAACACCCAAGUUACAAUUCACAACAGUUUCAGCAGCAGCAAGGGUACACUCCAUAUACUCAUCAAAACCAAAUGUUUCAAAAUCAACAACAACCUAUUCAUUCUGCGGAUCUACAACGAAUUAAUCACAAGCGAUCUCUGGCAGAACAGCAAGAACAAAGUUGGAAUCCGGAAGCGAGUAAUGCGGCAGCGGACACAGUUCAAUCUUAUCUCAGCAUUUCUCUGGAGAUGAUGAUUCUCAAUUCAGCAUUUUUCAGUUUAUUACCUCGCAUCUGAAAUAAUUUUUUUCCAUGUUCUCAAAUGUUUGUUUACAUUCCAAAUCUCCUUGAAAUUUUGUAUACAUUUACAUUUCUCAAGCAAAAAGAGAUUUGUAAAUUUCCUUUAUUUUUUUAAACUUUGUAUUGACCUCAUUGUAACUUUGAAAUUGAAAUGAAUAUUCAUAAAUCAAGAUAGAAAGUAUUCGCUUCACCUUUUCCAAUUAGAGUAUCAAUUUUCGCCAUAUGUAGAAUCUGUGUUCUCCACAAAAAUAUUUCGUGAAAAAGAGAG